AUGUUGAAUUUCAAUAGUAACAAACUCCCAGGUGAAAUCCCAUCUUCCCUGCGGAAGCUCGUCCAUCUCUCUUCUUUGGAUCUUAGCGUAAAUCAAGUCUCUGGGGAAAACCCUACUUCGCUGAUCAACCUCGCUGACCUCACUUUCUUAGACCUCCAUGACAAUCAAUUAACAGGUCAAAUUCCAGCUGAGAUCACUAGCCUCACCCACUUGGCUUAUCUCGACCUAUCUUUUAAUAGAUUAACUGGCCCAAUUUCUGAAGACAUCUCUAACCUCGAGAAUCUUACUACCCUGGACUUGCAAUCAAACAACCUGAAUGGCACUUUGCGGCUAGAUUUGGUACUCAAACUUCGACAUUCGACUAUUUUGCUACUCUCAUUCAAUGAAUUCUCGUCGGUUAUCGAACCUGACAUGAACGCUAGCCUUUCAAACCUGUCCACUCUUGGCUUGGCUUCUAGCAACAUAAGUGAGCUCCCCAUCUUCCUAUCAAAUGAAAGUAGGUUGCAAUGGUUGGACCUAUCCCAGAAUUGCAUUUAUGGGCCGACACCUCCGUCGCUCUUUAAUGUGAAUUCGACACAAUUGGAGUUUUUGAAUCUUUCUAGUAAUUUCAUUACCAGUUUCACAGCUUUUAAAUGGCCAAAUCAUCUGACAUUGGACAUCAAUCACAACGAUAUCCAAGGAUUCUUUAUGAUUCCCCCGAAGGCCAUUAAAGCCUAUCUUGUCUCAAAUAACAAGCUAUCAGGAGAAAUUUCACCGGAGAUGUGCCAACUAAGCUCUAUUAGCUUGCAUGAUUUGUCCAAGAACAAGUUGACUGCUGCUGUCCCACCAUGUCUGAGCAAUUUGACCGAGACCCUUUUUGUCUUGCGAUUGCAUGGCAAUAAUUUAUAUGGAAGAUUUCUUCAAUUGCGGAAUGGCAUAUGCAUGUUCAAUAUGAUAGAUGUGAGUAAUAACCGACUACAAGGGUCACUGCCAAUGGGAUUAGCUGAUUGCAGCAGUCUGGAGUUUCUCAAUUUCGGAAAUAAUCAAAUCAUGGACACUUUUCCUUCGUGGAUGGGCUCGCUUUCUUAUUCAAAGGUGCUCAUUUUGCAUUCCAAUAGAUUUCACGGAGCCAUAGGGGAACCUGAAGAUCCGUUCCAGUUUUCAAACCUGCGAAUUGUUGAUCUAUCCACGAACCAUUUCUCGGGUAGCUUGCAAUCUAAAUACUUUGAUACCUGGAGAUCUAUGAAAGUCCAUUAUGCAGAUAGGGCAGACUACUAUGGGAAUUGUGUGUUCUAUUACCUCCCUCCCCAGAGUAGUGCAAAGUAUGACUACUCAAUGACAAUGAUGAACAAAGGCAUUGCAAGGGAGUACGAAAAAAUAUUGGAUUACCUCACUAUGAUUGAUCUUUCGGGCAACAACUUUACUGGGCGAAUCUCGAAUUCUGUUAGAAGUUUAACUGAACUUCGUCAGCUCAAUCUCUCCAACAAUGCUCUUCCGGCUCCGUCCCUUCGUCCCUAG